UUGCGUUACGAUGCGACCCUAGACAUGCCACCAGCAUAUCUGCCUGGACAUUCAAAAAAUUCGGCCCAUCUGCUCCCCCAGCUACCUCCGUGUUAAAUCCAUAUCCUAGGAUCGUAGCGCCCUCGAGAGCUUGUGGCAACAGAUCAGAGGGCCAAAAGACCCCUGAGUCCGACAUCCAGGUGUCGUACGGAUGUCCUGUUACGCCCAUGCACCAGGACUGCAUCUUAUCUAGUUUACAAUAGCGCAUCUCAAAACAUAUGACUUCAAGUACAUAUUUGAGCAUGCCGGGGUCGACCACGUUAUUGCUGAUGUGCAAUUCGUUCCUUUGCUGGGCUCUUUCCAUGAAGACCAUCCGAGCAUUCCAGUUCUCAUCGACAUUGAUGCAGGGGGUGACGACGGACCGUUCAAGCAAUUCGCGAAGGCCUCAAAUUUUAUCGUCAACACGGUGAUCGUGGCUGGACAGGACUUGAAUCCCAAGCCCCGAAUGAAGAUGAAAUGCUGGCACUUUCCUACACGAGUGGCAUCACAUCACGGCCAAAGGGUGUCCUAUACAUUCACCGCAGCGCUUACCUGGCAGCAAUGGGUAACGUAGUCGAGUCUCAGCCGAACCAGAGCCCUAACCGAUGUGGCUACCUCUGGAUUCUCCCCAUGUUCCAUACCAUAGGAUGGACAUCUCCCUGGGCCAUAAAAGCAGUGCGAGGCACGCAUUACUGUCUCCGCAAGGUUGACUAUCCUCACCUCUGGCAUCUGUUGCGCACAGAGCCCAUUACGCACUUCUGCGCCGCCCCAGCCGUCAACACAUUACUUCGUUGCGCCAAGGAGGCCGUGCAGCUUGCUCGCCCGGUUAGAGUCACUGUUUUGGCCAGUCCUCCCUCCGCAGUGUUAUUCGAGCAAAUGACUUGUCUGAAUUUGCACCCCGUCCAUGUUUACGGAUUGACCGAGACGUACAGGCCUGUGGGUAUGGAAUAUCAUCUGCCCGAGUGGAACACGCUUCCUACGGCAGAAAAGUGCACAAAAUUAGCUCGUCAAGGUCACGGGGUGAUUACGGGGCUUCCGGUUCGGGUGAUCAAGCCAGUGAGCUGAUUGGCGUUGCCAAGGAUGCGCUGGAGAUCGGGGAGAUUAUCCUGCAGGGAAAUCUGUGUGCUAAGGAAUACUACAAGGAUCCAGGAGCGACAGAAAAGCUCUUUGCCGGAGGAUGGAUGUAUAUGGGUGAUUUGACAGUGUGGCAUCCGGAUGGGGCUAUUCAGGUCUUGGACCGCGCAAAGGACAUUAUAAUUAGUGGUGAAGAGAAUAUCUCGUCAGUGGCCGUGGAGAGUAUUCUCAUGAAACAUCCAGACAUCAUCGAAGCUGCUGUGAUUGGGGUUCCAGACGAGAGAUGGGGAGAAACUCCCAUGACAUUC